AUGAUCGCCCAGGAAAAAAAAUGGCUAAAGCUUUUUCUAAAAAGACACCCUAAUAUAGCAGUAAAGAAUACAGAAGUGAUAUCCAAAGCUCGAGCAGCAGUUUCAAAAAAGAUGAUAAGGAAUUGGUUUCAAGAAUUAAAUAAUUAUUUGAGAGAAGAACAUGAAAGUGAUAUUCUGCAAAAUCCUUCCCGUAUCUUCAAUGCCUAUGAAACAAGGAUGCUAUUUUGUCCAAAAACUGGCAAACCUCUGGGACCUAAAGCAUAUAAGAACUUUUAUAACAUUUCAUCAGGACAAGAAAAACAGUGUAUUACUGUUUUGUGUAAUUUUUCUGCAAGUGGCCAGUCAGUGGAUCCUAUGAUAGUGUUCCCAUACAAGAGAAUUCCAAGGCAUAUUGCAGAUUCAGUUCCAGAUGGCUUUGCUGUAGGCAGAAGUGAUUCAGGAUGGAUGACAAGUGCCAUAUUUUAUGAAUAUGUUGCAAAUGUCUUCUACCACUGGCUUCUGGAUAAGAAUAUCCAUUUUCCUGUAUUAUUGCUUCUUGAUGGACAUAAAUCACAUAUAAAUGAAAAACUGUAUAAUUUUUGUGUUGAGAAAAGAAUUCUCACGUUUUGUUUGUUGCCAAAUGCAACUAAUAUUAUCCUGCCUUGUAAUGUUGCAAUUUUUCGACCGCUUAAAUGUCAGUGGAGAAAUGUUGACAGAAAACAAUUAACAAUCAUCAGUUUCUAA